GCGUCUAACUGAAGAUUCUAGUGUAGCGUUAGCAUAGCUACAAAGUUCUGUAAAACUUUCCCAGGUAGAAAAGACGAACGUUACAGACACAAUUUAAAGACUUCACGUAACUUGGUUGUCUCUGUUGCUGCUACACGUGAUAUGAAGAUGGAUAUAACUGACGGAAAUACUUCGUACAAAGUGAAAUAUGCAGAUACAUGUCCAAACAUACCGAUGGCCGGUAAACGCAUACCUGUGGGAGACAGGGCAAAAUCCUGCCUACAAGAAGCUGCAAGGCCCCUGACCCCACCUGUGGUAAGGAAAUUCCGCAACAGCAUCCAACCAGAACCGGGAUCUAUCAGAGUUCACCAAGGGAAGGCAAAUGAUCCAGAUGUUGCAAGCACCCUCGUUCAUGGCAUCAGCACCAAAUCUUCCCUCAGUGGCAGAAGCUUGCUAAAUCCUCCGCAAAAGACCUUGUUCCAGCAUAAGUUACAGGAGCUCAGUGAAGCAGUGUAUGCCUCCAGUAAAAAGGCACCAGUGGGCAGGUCACACGAUCAGCGUGUUGGACUUCCCAUCUGCACUGACGACAAAACUACGUAUGGUGUGAAAACAGUUAGAGGGCUGGAUGUGCGUGAGAUUAUUAACCCCUCAAAAACAGCAGAGGAGAUGGAGAAGGAAGCUCAGGAGGGACACGAGGCUUACAUUCGUAGCCACAACGCCUAUUUUGUUGGUGAGCGGAUUGACAGAAAGUACGACUGGAGUCACUACAGUAAAGACAGCAGGUUUGGGAUCCUCACACCUCAUUUCAACGACGGCCGUAAUCUCAGCAAAUCUCUCCACUGGCUGGGGGAGACACACAAGUUUUAUAAUCCAAAGGCUGUUUGGAAGAGAUCUGGGAACAGGGAAAAGCUGGUGCAGCAAUUUGGCAUAAUGAACAAUGUGAGGAAAAAUACCUUGAAUGUUCCACCAGAUCACACCUUUGGAGUUGCCUUGCCACUGGAUGAAUUUGGUGUUGGUGAUAUAAUCCACUCCACUGAGCCAGGCCAGUACGUGAGAGGCCGAGACCAGCAGCGCAGCCUGGUCAAUGCAGUGAGACACCAUCUCAAGAAGAUCAAUUUCCACAACUUCCCCUCCCUGCUGCAGGCGUUCAAACAUUAUGACAAGGCAGGCAAGGGAAUGAUUGACAAAGAGGACCUGCAGGCGGUGUGCCAUCAGUUCCAACUGGACGUGAGCAGGCCGGUUCUGGAUGACCUGAUGGACUACUGUGACACGGACAAGGACGGACUGAUCGACUUCCUGGAAUUUGCAAACUUCCUCAACUGGAAGGACAAGAUGCCAGUCAGCAGUCGAGAGCAAGGCAUUUUGACAAAUGAGCGUCACACCAGCUCUGCUCCAGCCAACAUCGGGCGGAAGCCUCCCUCAGAAUCAGAGCAGCUUCCUGCCUCUCAGGCCUUAAUAAAGCCUGAGGACUUGGAGCCCAUUAAGCCAGGCAGCUCACUGAAGACCCUCAGGACCCUGAGGCGACCCAGGGCAGCCCCAGACCACUUCAUGACCUCCUCCACCCUCAUCGGAUCUGUCAGUGAUUCGUCCACAUUGAACAGCCGCACCUAUGGGAUCCCAACUGUGCGCUCCGACCUUCCAGCUCCACGCUUAAAGAGAGUCAGUGAUACUAACAACUAUGGUGAUACGUCCACGGCUGCAGAUCUUCUGCAUCCAUCAGUUCAUGCCCUCCGGGGCGUCCACGAAGAACACUUCUUUUGUCCUCGCACCAAGAAGGAGAUUGCAGAGAUCUUCAGGAAUGUGGGUGUGACUAUUUCUGAGGAGACGUUCGAGGAGGCCUGGAAGCUGGCGUCCAUGAAGCAUCCAGCCGGGGAGGUUUGUGUCGAGGUUUUCCGUAACAUACUCAAGGAAAUAAAAGCAAUGUGAUACUGGAGGGGUUUUUACCUGCACAGUGCUUCCUCAUCACAGUCGAUAUUGCUGUCUAAACAAUACCUCUGCUGUUCGGCGGAAGCUUUGUAGCUCCAAAAUGUUUUAGUUUGAUUAUUAAUCACUGAAAAGUUUUUCAAGCCACGAAGGAGUAAACAUUAAUCUGAAGUGCACAGCAGUUGUGCUAAACUAAGUUUUCACAUGACAACCAUAAUGUGAAAAUCUGUUUUUCACAAUAACAUUGUCAGUAACCUCAAAUCAUUUUUAAAGAGCAACAAAAAGGCAUUCUAAUGCAAAUCACAAUCUUGUUUCAUUUUGUCUGCCUUUGCAAGUAGGACACUUAUUUUUAUACAUCCAGUAAUAUAACAAUAACUUUUUGUCAGUACGUUGUUUAUAUAAUCUCAGCUACUGAAGAUCUGAAUUAACAGUUUCAACUUGCUUUCUUUGAAGUUGUGCAUUUUCGCAUUAAUAUGAGAACUCCCAAGAAACAGUGGGUUAAAUUUAAAUCUUUUUUAUGUCAGUAGAGUCUGUUUGAAGAAGAAAGUAAUGCCUGGGAAUUCACUCCAUGCCACAAAAAUUUCAUUUACACGACAUUUUGAUCCUACUCUGAUCUUCUUCAGGUCAAAAUCUGGAGUCAGUUUGUGCUGUGAAGUGACCUUACUAAAUUCAUCAUCAUCUGCACGUUAUUUAUUUGUGCUGUCACAUACCCUACUACUAUUAAUUAAUUCAGCUGUCCUGACCUUUUAUUUUACAUUGCUGCGUUAUAAUGAUUGUGGUUAUGAAUUUGUUGAGACAAUAAAUAAGGGUUGUCAUGAUACCAGAAUUCUAAACUUAAAUACGAUACUCAUUUAAAAAAAUAAUACUUUAUACCUCUUUUGACACCACGGCAAAACGAAAAAAAAAGUAAUUGGCACACAAAACAUGAUUUAUUUAUUUUUUUUAUUAACAACCUGCACCUAGUGCUGGUAUAGAAAAUAUCACUGGAAACACGUCUCUAGUCACAUGGUUGGUUCAUUGUUCAAGAGAAUGCAGUAACAGCCACGGGUUGAGGAGCAGUUGAUUUUCCUCCCUGUUGUUUCAUAUGUGCAGUUUUGGGUUGAAAAUCUGGUUGUAGUCCUGUUUUUUUUUUUAAUAUAUUCUGCACAUCUGAUACUAUUGAAUGCAUAGUUUGUAUCAAAAAAAGUAUUGACUCUUUCGACAACCUCACAGUAAAUGCGGAGAAUGAACCCCCUUUAUAAUGACUAACAUCAGAUGAAUGUGUUGCAUCAUAUAAGCAGAGUUUUGACCUAUUUUUUGGAUUAUGUUUUUUUUGGAGUGUUGCUAAUAUUUGAUGAAUUUGCUGGAAGCCAGUUUGCAGUUCCUGGCAGAGCACCUCACCAAAAGAGGGUCACAUGAAAAUACAUCCUGUACCUGACACACACAUUUAAUUAUAUAGACUUAAUUCUUCGUAAGCAUUGAGUUGCUCUCAUGUGAUGACAUGCUUGAGAACCAGACUGCUCCAUCAAGUGUACCGCCACCAGUGAGGCCAGCAGCAAACAGCUUGUUUGAUGCAGUAUUAUUGUGUACACUUUUUAGAGUAACCAUGAAUGCAUCAUGGAGCACAAACAAACUUUCACCUGUCAGGUGUAUGGGUGGGUUUUCAUCUUAAUUAUAAACCAACCUCUUCUGAUGCCAACUAGCUUCAUAUUUUCCUCCACAGCAGGGGGCACAUCAGCAUGCAUGCAUAUAAAAACACUUAUUGGUGGAACAAAGCCAAAUGCUUUUAAUAUUAUCAUUAAUAUUUACUGUGACUGAUUCAAGUUUAAGUCUGCUCUUGUUUUGAAAUCACAGAUUGUGUUAAAUUAGUCUCAGUCUUGACUUGUAUUGAGUUAAGCUGUCUUUGUUCCGGUCUGACUAUUAAGACCAGUGUCCUGUCAAAACAAUUUUAAAAACUCCAAACACACAGAGGAGAAUCUCCCACACACAAAACAGAGUAGCAUAAAAAAGUUAAAAUAAGAACACAAAUUAGUAAAUAGAUUUAAGUUGAGAUAAAAAUUCUAAUUAAAAGUCAAACUACAACUAUAGUUAUUUUUGAGUUUAGGUUUUAUCUUCCCCGCCCAACAAACAAUACACAGUAAGACAUUUGUGUUGCAGUCUAGCCAAAGUAUUCUUUAGUCUCCAUACACAUAACACAGUAAUAAUAACACCAUGCUUUCAGAGAUAAACAUGUCAGCAAACAAAAGAAAUGUUUUCCAUAUUACAUGUCUGUUUAUAGAGAAUCAAUUCUCCUGUUAAAAUGAAAAAUAUAAUUUCAUGCACAGAAGCGGCUCAUUUUUCAUGUCAACAUUUCAUCUUUCUUUUGUUGAAAGCAACAUGUCAUCUUUUGUUUGUACACCUAAGCUGCUGUGAAACAGUGUUAAAUCUUUAAUUGAUUGCUUUGGACUUAAAAAUAACAGCCGGUGUGACUGUUUCUGUGCCGGUGACAGACCUGAGUAAACACUGAGAGGUGCGUUCUCACAACCUAUCAUUUAUUCUGUCAGAGUAUUAGAUUUGAUUUCCAAGCAUGUUUAUCUUGUAAUUCUAUUAAUCAACCUUGAAAUGGGAAGUCUGACAGAGAUAGCACAAUUAAUUUAUGGCGUCUUGGAGCUGAGACACAUGCAGACAUACAGGCAGACACACAGACUUUCAAGGAGGUAUGAGGGAUUGUUUGCAAUCUGUUUCGCUAACCAGAUUAAUGAAACAGGUUGGCACGCAGCCUCGACUGAUGCACAUGUCUGGAGAUUACAGAACAGUAAAAUAACUAAUAAAAAAAUCAUUAGCUUUUUGUACAUUCACCACUUGUUUUUGUUUUCUUGUUAAUUUCCAUUAAACUGAGUGAUGCACAGGCGUGGUAAAUUGUUUAAUGUGCUCUCACCAUAUCCAUGAGCAUAUUGACAUGUGCUAAGCUAACCGCACUCAUUUAAUCUCAUUACGACUCUGCGAGAUGCUCCACUGGAACCAAAAAACCCCCACGCAAACUUCCACAGACCACAUAUUACUAUGCAGGAAAAUUAGAAUAAUCCUCAGCGUAUUUCAUUAUGCAUGAAUUAGCGGCCGCUAAUGACAGAAUCCUCUCUGUUUGUCAGAUAUGUUGUCAACAUUAAUAAUAUUGCAGCGAGCUUAAACAGAAUGGGAUGACACGCAGCAUUCACGAGCCUGUCAGACGUGAUGUUUUUGACAAGUGACACGUUUCUGGCAGCGACCGUGGGCUCAGACACAGGCUGCGUUUGAGUUAUAGUAAAUGGGUGGGGAAUUUUCUGCCAGGAUUUGUCUGUCUUGCCUGCAGCAAUGCAAUACAACUAUUUUCACUUGGUGUAAGACUCUUGUUGUGAUCUCUCGUCGAUCCAUAAAGUCCUCGCUUGAACAGUAAACUGCGUCGCCGACAACCAUGUACCAGAACAUACGCCCCCUCCUGAUUACUAUGGAAAAUGGAUUAUCUUGUUGCCCGUUGCUUCUCAAGAACCUAAUACAUUGACACCAAUAUAUUUGGUCCCUUCUAAGUUUGAUGUUUCACAUGUGGAAAAUAUAGUUAUAUAAUACAAGAUCAUCACCUUUAAUGCUAAUGCAGAGUCAGCUGUUGCAUUAGCCUAUUAUUUAUUUUUAUUCUAACUAAUAUGGUUGACUUUCUUAAAGGUAUACUAUGCAGGAAUUGUUGGUUGCUGUUUGUAAACAAUAUUGCCAGCAAAAAGCAAAGGUUAGGGUUCUUUGUAUUUGCAUUUCUUUUUUUUGUUUUUUUGUUUGUUUGUUUGUUUUUUGAUGCUGUGUCCUCAAUUUUUGUAGCUUCCUCUUGGAUGUGUGCAGCUUAUGAUGCCGCAACUGGUCGCUAUUGUUUUUUGAAGUCCUGACCUCACCAGCACGCUGUGCCCAGGAACAUCUUGAACAUAGAAAAAAAAGAAAACCCAGGCAAAGGCAGAUACUCUGCAGAUAACUAAUAAAUACACCACCACACACUUCUAGUGGGUGAUAAGUGAUGAUUGAGAGGCAUUACUUCUUCAUUACUUCGUCUUUAACCACUUGCCAAGCAACCAUAACCAGCACUGUGUCAUAGCCUACUUACAAGAAAUGCUGAUUGCGGAGCUGAUUUUAUUCCAGAUGUUGUUUUCUAAGUGUGUAUUUGGCCAAAAAUAUUCUCUGUGGGACGGAUGUAAAACUCUGGCAACUUCUUCUUCGUCUUUAUCACAAACUGAUAUUUACGAAGAAUGGACAGAUAUAUGCUGGCUGUGAUUGGUUGCUCCUCGUCAUUUGACAUGCGGUCCGCGCUUCUGCGUUCCAAAAGUUAAACUUUGUUUAUCUUCAGGUGCAGCUGUCGCACCCUGAAAAACAGGUACUCCGGAAAGCAUGUGCCCUGACGGCGUCGCUCUGCCGUAUGAGUGCACCUGCCACACAUCUACAUUGAAAACUGAGUCUGAGGGUGCAAAAAAAUGUGGCACGUGCACAGCCCCAUAGUCUAUACAUUUGUUUAUUGAGGAAAAUCCUGCAUGGUAUAUCUUUCAAUGCACAUCAAAAAGAAAAUUUGCAUUUGUGCCAUGGUGCGCAAAGGUGCACUCUGGUGACGAUACGCCUCUGGAGGUGGGGGUCAAUACUUCGGGCUUAUCCGGUAUAGACUUCCUCUACAGUGCCCCAAUCAUUUCGGCUAAUUUUUACAUAAGGUAUAAAGGUAUCUGUCUAUCUAUCUAUCUUCAGAUGGACUUUUUACCUACCGUUAAGACAUAAUUGGUGAAUGCUACUCGGACUACAAACUGAAGCCAGAACAC